ACAAGAAGGGACAAGACUCACGGCGCCUAGCAAAUAUGUGUUCAGUUCGGUCUUACAUGUGACUGCUUCACUAACAUCGGGACAUUGAAGCGAGCCUCUUCCCUCGCCAGCUGAAGGCUACCAGGCAAAGACUUCAUGUCGUUUUGUUUUUUCUAGGAGUUAAAUUAUGAGUUCGAUUCCUCGCCGAAUUCGAUGAGACUGACUACCAAAAGCCUGCUUGCUGUCAUCCAGACUGAUGAAAGAACUCUAGGCAACUCUUUACUAUACGUAUUUUCAGAGAUGUUUUAACCUUGGCUGCUUCUACUUCUAUCGAUCAACAGUAUAUUUUUUAUGCUAUUAGCAACAACAACUUAUAGUAGUAUCUACAAGAACAGUUACUGCUUAAUAGCAAUAAUAACGUGAACGUAGUUGAUUAACACAGCACGGAAAUUAAUAGGUGCUGAAAUAUUAUCACCAACCAAAAAUGAAAUUUCAAAGCGGAGCUUUCGUGGACCAUGGACAGAGUGCUCUGACUAACUGCUUUUCGGGGGACGGUAGGGCGUGUUCUCGGUUCCUGCCUUACUCGUGUCGUGGCGGGAGCCAGGCCAGCACUUGCUCAUUCCCAGACGCCUGCGCCGACUCGUCUGGAGAGGAUCUGCUAGGACGGGGCGUGUACAGAACGAGAAGUAACUACAGCGUCAUGCCAACGUCGAGCGGCCUCUACCAGCCGUCGCAUCCGCUACUGAGACGCUGCGACUCUGAAACGGAUGUCAACUCGUUCGAUCAGAUGUACGUGCCCACCACCACCACCACCAACAACAACACCACGGCAAACAGCAUGCCUGCAUCUCGACCAACCGGAGGACUGGAUUUCAACUCUGGCUCGAUCUACGACCCUUACACUGGUAAGGGUUUCGAGAAUGAGGACGACGUGAUGAGAAGAUGGAAGAAUCAAGGUCAGGUGACAAAAAGCAGCAGUGCUACGAAGACGCCCGAGAACGGCGUCAAGAGUUCAGGACCCCGUGGUGGAACAUCUAAGAAAAACAACGAGAAUAACAACUUCCUGAUUCAGAGACGAGGAAGCUUUGGUGGGCAUGCCACGAGCUGGAGGGAUGAACAUGUCUUCGAUCGCAUUGACGUGCUUGCCCAGCCCAAAUCUCUGCCUCCAGAGUAUCAAUGUCAGUGAGUACAACCCGAGGAUCGAAGAGCUAUCAAGACCAGUGAGGGUCUGUGGCGAGUGGUGUGGCAAAAGGCAUUGUAUCUGGGAAUGCGAGUACCCGUGGCUUCUCAGCAGGCCAAAGCCACCAGGCGCCUGGAGAAGCUGGCCGUACCGAAGAAAGUCGUGGACUGUAACGAGUAUUACCUCUGGCUCUUUAACAGGAAACCAGACACGGAUGCUAAGCUCAAACCAGUUCAGCGGCUCAGUAUAGACAAGAUGGACCUCACCGAGGAGCGAGUCUUCUUGCGGUGCGAUCUGGACUAUUCCCAGUCCAAUGACGUGAAGGGAAAACUGGCUCAGAUUAUGCCGACCAUAGAGUACAUACUUAGCAAGGACGCCAAAGCUAUCAUUAUCGCCAGCUAUUGUGGUGAACCCAGGGGUCGACGAGAUGACAACUUGUCUUUGAAAAAGGUGGCGGGAGAACUUGGAAAGAUGCUCAAGAAAGAGGUCGUUUUCUUGGAGGACUGCGUAGGGCCAGAGGCUCAAGCUUUGUGCGAGGACCCGGAGCCUGGCUCGGUGUUCGUGCUGGAGAACAUGCGCUUCAACCCAGAGGAAGACGGUUCUGGGAUAGACGCCAAUGGGAAAGAGUUCACCUGCACCAAAGAAGAGGUCCAGCAAUUCCGCGCCAAGCUGUUUAACUUGGUGGACAUGUUCGUGCAGGAUUCCUUUACAGACCUCGUGGAAAUGUCCAACACCACUGUGGGCAGCAACAAGCAGGACCGAGCCUACGGUCUCACCAUCAAAGCAGAGCUGGACACCUACAACAACUUGGUGACCAAGCCCAAGAAACCUAUGGUGGCGGUGAUUGGCGGAUGUUUCAAGGAUAAGAUUGACGUGGUCUAUAACCUCAUGGGAAAAGCUGACGACAUUCUUCUGGGUGGAGAGAUAGCCCAGAUCUUUUUGAAAACCCUGAAAGGAAUCGAUAUUGGAAUAACACCAAGUUCUCCUAGCAAGGAAAAGAAGGUGCUGAACGCCAUAGCUCGGGCCAAAGACAUCAGCUGCCUGUUGUCCUUGCCGGCAGACUUUGUGGUGAGAAACACGAAGAAGCCCGAGGAGUACUUCACCGUGAGCACCAAGCUGGAUGUAGAGCCCUGGUUUGAGAUCGUGGACAUAGGCCACAUAACCAGGGACUGCUACGUGAAGACCCUGGCCGAAGCAGCCUCUGUUGUCUGGUCCGGUGACAUGGGAGUUCUGCUGGACGGCACGGCUGCAGUGGGAGCCGCUAUCUCCGAGGCUACAGAAACGGCCGGUGGUGGACGAAGUUGUGUCCACUAAGCCAGGCAAUCUGGAGCAGCCUGGAUUCUGCAUGGACACCGGCUUCGAAAGGCUCUGUGUUGACCGUGUGGACGUCGAAGGAAAGCGCGUGCUCAUUGUAGCUGACUUGAGCGUCCCUCUCUAUCGCGGUGUGGUCGCGGACAACUAUCGCCUUCGCAUGGUCGUUCCCACCAUCAAGUGGGUGCUGAAAAGAGGCGCAAAACUUGCGGUCCUGCUCAGUCAGUUCGAGACAAAGGACGCGGGAAGAAAACUUCUGGCUACUCUCAGGCCUGUCAGUGAAGAGAUGGGCAGACUACUGGGGGAACAGAUCAUCUUUGUGCCCGAAUGUACGGGCAAGGUGGUCACCGAUGCCAUCAACAGCGCCCAUCCGGGCAGUGUGAUCAUGCUGGAGAACGUGUUGGAACAGCCAGAAGAGAUGGUCUCAUUCAGUAUGGAGCCACAAGGCACAGGGCGCGUGCGCAGUCCCGAGGCCGUGGCGACGUUCUGCGAGUCCCUGAGCCAGAUGUGUGACGUGUACGUCAACGACGCUUUCAGUCUGAUGGACAGGGACAGGAGCUCCAUCACGGGGUGCAUGCACAGACUGCGGCCAUGUGGCUUCUUGGUCAAGAACGAACUGAAGUAUCUGUCUAAGACGUUCAACCACCCGCCCCGGAGGUUCCUGGCCAUCCUCGGCGGCAACCAGGUGAUCAGGAAGAUGGAGCUGAUGAAAGGACUGCUCCGUGACGUGGACGAGAUCAUCGUCACAGGCACACUGGGCCUGCACUGUCUCAUGUUGGAGCAGGAGAUGCGAUUGGGCAGGUCCCUUGACCGCUCGGUGAACCUGACCGAUCUGGAACAACUGCUGGCCAUGGCGAAAGAGAACAACGUGAAACUGUACUACCCGGUGGACCUGAUCACAACUCAUGAUCUGGGCAGUGACAGCCACUCCAAACAGGUGAGCACGUCCGAGGGUAUCUCCAACAGCGUGUACUGCGCUGACGUGGGCGCCAAGACCUGCUCGCUCUUCAGCCGCGUCAUCAAGAGGGCCAAGCUGGUGCUGUGGUGUGGCGUGGCGGGCGUCGUCGAGGUCAAGGCUUUUUCCAAGGGAACGAGGGCCAUCUACGACACUAUCGUGGAGGUGACCAAGAACCCGGAGACUGCCGUCAUCUCCAUCCUCGGGGGCCGAAGUGUGUCCUCCUUUGUGCACAGCAUCGACCCCAACCACGAGGGUGUCAGUCACGUGACAACGGGCUACGAGGUGGCGCUCAAACUGCUCUCGGAGAAACGGCUCGUCGGCUUGGACGCCAUAUCCUUCAACGAGCAUGCCAAAGCUCGUCUGCUGAACCGCCUGUCCAUGGACCAGCUCGACAUCAAAGACAAGCGCAUCCUGCUGAGGGCAGACUUCGCCCUGCCCCCUCGCGGAGGUAGUCAUGAUGACGACUCCCCUAUCAAGACACUGGCCAACACAAUCAAGAUGAUUCUGAAACGUGGCGCGACGUGCGUGGUGCUGUGUGGCCAUCUCGGGGAGCCCAACGGGAAAAGGGACGACAGUCUGUCUCUUGGGCCCGUUAAAACGGCGCUGGAAAAGAUACUCAGAUCGGAAAUUCAUUUCUUCGAGGCCGGUUUGACGGAUACGGUGGAGGCAGCGUGCAGGACCCCUGAGGCAGGCAAGGUUUACAUGCUGGAGAACAUGCGCUUUAACCCGGAGGAGGAGGGCUACGGAUUGGACGCCUCAGACAGGCGGAUCAACGUACCCUACCAGCAGAUCGAGGAGUACCGGUAUGUCGCUACCUUUUUGGGAGGAGAUCGACUCUCCAGACUAGCUGAUAUCUUCAUCAACGAAUCCUUCGGGGUGCUGAGGAAUACUGACAGCUCCAUUGUGGGAAUAAAGAUGGAGCAACGGGCAGUGGGCCCACAACUCAAAGCAGAGUUGUCCAAAUUCGCAACGGUUCUGCCCAAAAUCGAAUCCCCCAUUCUAGCCAUUGUCGGCGGUGGCGAGGCGUGGCACAAGGCGGACCUCAUCUACAACUUGAUUGACGUGGCUUCUGACAUCAUCGUGUGCGGGGAUACGGCCUUCACCUUCCUCAAGGUGGCCAAGGGUAUGGCUAUCGGGAAGAGCCCUUUCGAUAUACAAGGAUCCAAGCUCGUGCCAAGAGUAAUAAAGAAAGCCAGGCUGAACGGCGUCCAACUUCACUUCCCCGUGGACUUCAAAGUUCCCGCGCCGGUGGAGCCCGUAGAGGAGGGCCAAGAGCCGCCAGAGGAGCAGCCUCCGGAUGUGUACACGCUGGAGGAAGGUAUACCGGACACACUGAGAGCCAUGGACAUCGGAGAGGACUCGGUGGCCGCCUUCGCAGAGCUCAUUCAGGAGGCCAAGACUAUUCUGUACACGGGAAAUGCGGGGGCCUAUCAAAAAGAACAGUUUGCCGAGGGCACAAAAGGUAUCCUUCAGGCCAUCUCGGACGCCGCGGAGGAAGGUGCUGUGGCCAUGGCGUUUGGGGGGCGGACAGGGAACUGCAUCAACGCCUUCGACAUGGCGGCAGCCUUCACUCACAUCAGCUUGGGCACACACUCCUGCCUGGACCUCAUCUGUGGGAGGCCGCUCGUCGGUCUCGAGUCCCUGUCAUCACUUCAGGACAAGCCUCUAACUGUGCUGACAGUGCAGCAGGCGAGCCUCAAGGGAGAGAAGGUCCUCAUACUCCUGGACCUGGAUGUGCCCACGGUAGAUGGCGUGGUGCUGGACACAGACAAGAUAGAGGACGCUCUGCCCACCAUCAGGUACGUGCUGGAAAAGGAACCAAUGUGCGUCAUACUUGCUGGUUACCGUGGACACCCCAAGGGCUACAAGAACGCCUACCUGUCCAUGAAACCUCUGGUCACAGAGUUUGAACACUUCUUGGAGAGAAGUGUGGCCUUCCUGGCCAACCCGUGCAGCAGCAAGACCCGUAUGACGCUGGACGACCCAUCCCCGGGCUCUGUGUUCCUCAUGGAGAACCUCAUGUUCUACCCCGCCGAGCUGGGUCUAGACGAGGGCGUGCCGGAUGUGCUGGAUGGUGAAGGUCUGGGAGACGGCGCCGCCCCUAUUGGGGGCGGGGCAGCGGACAGCGAUGCCGCCUCUGCUGGCCAUGAGGAGACGGAGGACUUGAAGAAGGAGAAUAUAGACAAACUGAUGUGGGAACUGAUGAUCCCAAAGACAGUCGAACAAUACACUCGGGAAAUCGGAGACCUCGCCACUGUGUUCAUCAACGAUGACGUCACCCACAUGCACGACACCGUGACCUCCAACAACGGGUUCGAGAUACCCGUACGUGCCUGCGGACUCACGAUGGUGAAAACCCUGAGACAGGGAGACGCUGGGAACCUCAAAGCGCCGGCUGUCGCUCCCUUAAGUCCUGCCCCCAAGGAUUAACACCAUCAACCCCCCUGAACAAGAACCUCCCCCCCCCCUCCU